CCGUCUCGGUGGCGGCCCUGCCAUGUUGCGACCGCCCCGCCGCUUGCCGCGCCCGCUCCGCCGCGCCGCCUCCACCGGGCCCGGCCCGGGCCGCCGCCUCCUGCUCUCCACCCCCAUCUUCUACGCUAACGGGCCGCCGCACAUCGGGCACCUCUACUCCGCCCUGCUCGCCGACGCGCUGCACCGCCACCGCGGCCUCCGCGGCGCCGGCCCGGGCCGCCUCUCCACAGGGACCGACGAGCACGGGCUGAAGAUCCAGCAGGCCGCGGCCGCGGCGGGGACGUCGCCGCCGGAGCUCUGCCAGCGGGUCUCGGGCCUUUUCCGCCAAGCCUUGACCCAGGCUGCCGUCUCCUUCACAGACUUCAUCCGCACCAGCGAGCCCCACCACCAGCGAGCUGUGCGCCAUUUCUGGGGGGCCCUCCAGGAUGGCGGGGCUCUCUACAAAGGGUGUUACGAGGGCUGGUACUGCACUCCCGAGGAGUGCUUCCUGCCGGAGAGCCAGCUGGCCGAGCGCAGGGACGCCCAGGGACGCCCCUGCAAGGUGUCACUGGAGACCGGCCAUCAGGUGCACUGGACCAAAGAGGAGAAUUACAUGUUCAGGCUCUCGGCGUUUCGGGACCCGUUGCGGGACUGGCUGCGGGACAACCCCGGCGCCAUUGCCCCUGACCCUUUCUACCAGCGUGUGCUCCGCUGGCUGGAAGAGGACUUGCCAGACUUGUCCGUCUCUCGGGAGAGAAGCCGGCUGCAAUGGGGCAUCCCUGUCCCCAGUGACCCAACCCAAACCAUUUACGUGUGGGUAGAUGCCUUGGUGAACUACCUGAGCGUGGUGGGCUACCCCGAGACACAUGGCGAGUGGUGGCCUGCUGCGCACCACGUUGUGGGCAAGGACAUCCUCAAAUUUCAUGCCGUCUACUGGCCGGCACUGCUGAUGGCAGCGGGACUGCCCCCCCCCAAGAGAAUCUUUGUGCACUCCCACUGGACUGUCCGCGGGCAGAAGAUGUCCAAAAGCCUGGGCAACGUGAUUGACCCCGCUGCUUGCAUUGGCCAGUACACGUUAGAUGGAUUUCGGUACUUCCUGCUAAGGCAGGGCGUACCCGAGCGGGACUGUGACUAUUAUGACGAGAAGGUGGUUAAACUAGUGAAUUCAGAACUGGCCGAUGCGCUUGGGGGGCUUCUCAAUCGCUCAACAGCCCUCAGCAUUAACCCCAGCAACACUUACCCUUGUUUCUCAGAGUCUUGUUUUCCAAAGGUCUCGGAUUACAGGGAGGCAAAAGGCCUGGGUAGGGCUUCCGCUGAGGACUAUGAGUUGGUGGCGUCUGUGGCUUCUCUGCCUCUGCAGGUGGCUAGUUACUUUGAAGGUUUCCAGAUCUACAAGGCUUUAGAAUGUAUUGCCCUGUGCGUCAGGCAGACCAAUGGUUUCUUCCAGAGACACAAGCCUUGGAAACUUGACCGCAGAGACCCUGCAGAGCAGCUCUGGCUCGACACCAUCAUCCACGUCACGCUGGAGUGCCUGCGUGUCUAUGGGACGCUCCUGCAGCCUGUGAUCCCGCACACUGCGGACAGGUUGCUCUCCAGGCUGGCUGUUGAGCCAGAAGAGAGAGGUCUCUCCAAUUUGACAUUUCUGCCACGCUACGAUGGGAAACCAUGUCCCUUUGAAGGGAGAGAGCUUGGCCCUGACACCGGCGUCUUGUUUCACAGACUAGAGAAGCCAAGACAGCGUCAGCAUCAGAUAGAAACCAAGAAGCUCCAGUCUCUGACAAACAGCUGCUGUAAAUAAAAGCCUCCG